AUGACAAGCGAACCAUUAGACACAUUUAAAAUAUUCAAUGUGAAUCCAGACCCUAAUGAAAUUUUAUCAAAGAAGAAAUUACAUGAUACAGAAGGAAAGGUUAAUUUAAUAAAACUAUUCAAAUAUUCAGAUUGGAUAGAUUUGAUUUUAUUAAUCAUUGGAAUUAUAAGUUCAAUAGGAAAUGGAAUAAUGCAACCACUCAUGAUGGUUUUAAUGGGAGAUAUGGUUAAUAGUUAUAUCUAUACUCCAGAAUAUAACAUAAUAAUAGAUGAAGAAGUUAAUCAUAUGAUUGUUGAAGAAGUAAAAGAAUCAGUGAAUAAAGUAGUUGUGAAGAUGGUAUAUUUUGGAGUAAUAAGUAUGGUAUUAAGUUUUAUGAGAACAUUUUCAUUGUUUGUAGUUUCCCAAAGAGAAGGAAUUAGAGUGAGAAAAUUAUAUUUUAAGUCAUUAUUAAGACAAGAUGCAACAUGGUAUGAUUUGCAAGAAUCAGGAGAAUUAACAACAAGAAUAGCAACAGAUAUUAAAAAUUUUCAAGAUGGAAUUGGUCCAAAAUUUGGAAUGAUUUUUCAAAUAUUUUCAAUAGCUAUUACAGGUUAUAUUAUUGGAUUUAUUAAAUCAUGGGAUCUAACACUUGUACUGAUAGCAACAGUUCCAUUAUCUUCAUUUUCUUUCACAGGUUUUCAAAUGGUUGGAAUGAAAUAUGAAACAAAAGCAUUAAGUGUGUUUGGAGUAGCUGGUAGUAUUGCAGAAGAAACAAUAGGAAAUAUUAGAACAGUUCAGUCAUUAAAUCAAGAACAUAAAUUUAGUGAAGAAUAUGAAGAAAAAAUAAAAGAAAAUGAACAUUUUAAUGCAAUUAAAGGACAAUGUUUUGGAAUAGGAUUUGGUUUUAGUAUGUUUUUUAUAUUUUGUUCAUAUGCACUUGGAAGUUGGUAUGGUAGUAUUGUAAUUAGAGGAAAAGGAGGAAGUAAAGGAGUAAUUGCUGGUGAUGUUUUGGGAGUAUUCUUUUCAGUGUGGAUGGCAUCUCAAAUAUUAGCUAUGGUUGCAACACCAUUAAAUUUAUUAUUUUCAGCACAAGCAUCAGCUUAUAAAAUAUUUACAACAAUUGAUAGAAUACCAGAUAUUGAUUGUCAAUCUACAGUUGGUGAAUGUCCUAAUGAAUGUAAUGGAAAUAUUAAAUUUGAGGAUGUUCAAUUUGUUUAUCCAACAAGACCAUCUCAUCAAGUAUUAAAAGGACUUGAUCUUGAAAUUAAGAAAGGAGAAACAAUUGCAUUAGUUGGAACAUCAGGAUGUGGGAAAUCAACUACUAUUCAAUUAAUUCAAAGAAAUUAUGAUCCAAAUAGUGGAAAAAUAACAAUAGAUGGAAAAGAUAUAAGAGAAUUAAAUAUUAAAUGGUUAAGAAAUCAAAUAGGAAUAGUUGGACAAGAACCAAUAUUAUUUGCAGGAACAAUUCGAGAAAAUAUUAUACUUGGAACAAGAGAAGGAGAAACAUUAAAUGAAGAAGAAAUGAUUAAAUGUGCUAAAAUGGCAAAUGCACAUGAUUUCAUUUCUAAACUUCCAGAUGGAUAUGAUACAAUAAUUGGAGAAAAAGGAGCAUUAUUAUCAGGAGGACAGAAACAAAGAAUUGCUAUUGCACGUGCAUUAAUUAGAAAACCAUCUAUUCUACUUCUUGAUGAAGCUACAUCAGCACUUGAUACACAAAGUGAAAAAAUAGUACAAGAAGCACUUGACAAAGCAUCAAAAGGAAGAACAACAAUUAUUAUUGCACAUAGAUUAACAACUGUUAGAAAUGCAGAUAAAAUAUGUGUAUUUCAUCAAGGAGAAAUUAUAGAACAAGGAACACAUCAAGAAUUAAUAGAAUUAAAAGGAACAUAUUAUGGAUUAGUUAAAAGACAAAGUAUGGAAGAAGAAGUUGAUCAAGAAACAGUUGAGAAUGAUUUAAAGAAAUUUAGAGAAGAAGAAGAAGAUAAAGAAAUAGAAAAUAUAAUUGUUACAGAAAAUCAAAAUGAUGAAGAAAUUGUUAAUAAAAUUAAAGAAGAAUAUGAAGAAGAAAUAAAAAUAACAAAGAAAUCAAAUAGAUUUUCAAUAAUAAGAAUUAUGAUUGAACAAAUGAAAAUGAAUUUUAUUUUCUUUACACUUGCUACACUUGGUGGAAUUGUAGGAGGUGCAAUAUAUCCAUUUUUUACAAUUAAGUUUAUUGAUUUAAUAGUUGUGAUGAUGGAGAUGAGAGAAGGAGUUGAUCUAACAGAUGAACAACAUCAUACAUUAAUUGUAUCUAUCAUUUGGAUUAUAGGAAUUGCAAUUGUUGGACUUAUAUCACAUUACUUUUAUAUUGGAUUAUUUGGAACAUCAGGAGAACAUUUAAUAGGAAGUAUUAGAAGAAGAAUGUUUAAAUCAAUUAUUAGUCAAGAAAUAGGAUGGUUUGAUAGAAAAGAAAAUAGAGUAGGUUCAUUAAUUACACGAUUAUCAUCUGAUCCAACAAAAUUAAAUGGAAUUACUGGUAUAUUUCUUGGAAAUACUGUUUAUCUUAUUUCUUCAAUUUGUUUUGCAUUUGGAUUUGCUCUUUAUUAUGAAUGGAAGGUAGCACUUUGUGUUAUUGCUACUUCUCCUAUUCUAGUGCUCAUUUUAUUUGGCGAUUAUAAGUUUAAUUCAAUGCAAUCAUCUCCAGCAGAAAAAGCAUAUGAAGAAUCAGGAAUUACUCUUGUUGAAGUAGUUGAAUCUAUGAAAACAGUUCAAUCAUUAACAAGAGAAGAACACUUCUUAAAACACUAUUCAUUAAAUUUGAAAAAACCUUAUAGAAAUAUCUUUAAAUGGGCACCAUUACUUGCUUUAGUGAAUUCACUUUCAAAUUUAUCAAAUUUUGUUGUUGAUGCAUAUGGGUAUUAUCUUGGUACUUAUUUUUUAGCAAAGAAGUUAAAUUAUAAACAAACAAGUCAAAUGUUUUAUCAAGUAUUUACCGAAGGAUACAUGAAACUUCAGAAGGCUAUUAUGUCUGUUGUUUUUGCUUCACAAAGGAUGGGAAGUUUUGGAGAAAUUAUGCCAGACAUUGGUAAAUCAAUGAAAGCAGCAAGACAUUCAUAUAAUGUUAUUGAUAGAAUACCUAAGAUAGAAUCACAAGAAGUAAAUAAUGAGAUAAUUAAUGAUAUAAAAGGUGAAAUUGAGUUCAAAAAUGUUCAUUUCAGAUAUCCAACAAGAGUUGAUAAUGAAGUAUUAAAAGGUAUUUCAUUUAAAGCAGAACAAGGAAAAACAAUUGCAUUAGUUGGAGUAUCAGGAUGUGGUAAAUCAACAUCAAUUCAAUUAAUUGAAAGAUUUUAUGAACCAACAAAUGGGGAAGUAUUAUUAGAUGGACAUAAUAUAAAGGAUUUAAACAUUCAGUUCUUAAGAAAUCAAAUAGGAUUAGUUGGACAAGAACCAGUAUUAUUUGCUGAAAGUAUUAUUGAUAAUAUUAAAAGAGGUAUUCCUAAAGGUGUUGAAGUAAAUAAUGAACAAAUUUAUACUGCUGCUAAAAUGGCAAAUGCACAUGAUUUCAUUUCAACAAUGCCAGAAGGAUAUAAUACAAUGGUAGGUGAUAGAGGAAGUCAAUUAUCAGGAGGACAAAAACAAAGAAUUGCUAUUGCACGUGCAUUAAUUAGAAAUCCAAAAGUAUUAUUACUUGAUGAAGCUACAUCAGCACUUGAUUCAGAAAGUGAAAAAAUAGUACAAGAAGCACUUGACAAAGCAUCAAAAGGAAGAACAACAAUUAUUAUUGCACAUAGAUUAUCAACUAUUCAAAACGCAGAUAAAAUAUGUGUUAUUAUGAGAGGAAAGAUUGUAGAACAAGGAACACAUCAAGAAUUAAUAGAAUUGAAAGGAUUUUAUUAUACACUUGCUAUGCAACAAUUUGGAACAAUGAAUUAA